CGAACAAUGUCUACAAGUGAUUGUGUACGAAUCGUAAAUCAAAUCGACCAAUGAAUUAAUAUAAUGUUUAUAUAAAAUCUCGAUAUUUUCGAUACUACUUGGCAUAAUAAAGAUUCCUCCAGCGAACCAAUAUGAAUAAAUUGUUCGGUUUAUACCUAAUUCUCUUUCUCCUUAGUUUAGCAGCAUCGUUUGAUUUCUCAGGGGACAGAAGGUUCCGAGAAUUGUGGAAUACCUGUAAUCCUAAUAGCACACAGGUUGUUUGCACCGGACAUUUCUUUAAGAUAAUAAUAUGUGGCUCUGAUGGAAAAUCAUAUUCAGACCCAUCUAUUAUACGUUGCUUGAACAACUGUCUACCCAAGGAAGAAAAAGUCACAGUGGUUCGUCUAGGUUUCUGUGAGCGUGAGAAUGAUAAAGAAAAAGAUAAACAGAAAGAAUACAUGAAAAUGAUCGGGAUCGAUCCGGAACAAAUGGAAAAAUUUGGAAAAGAGAUUUAUUUAUCUGAGAAUUUUGGAUCCCUCAUGCCAUGAUUAUAUAUUUAAGUUCAAUAAAUUGACAACUUAUAUCAUA